AUGUCUACCGCCACGGAUGGAAGGUUCUGCGGAUUCGUAGAUCUUGACAUAUGUGCAGACGUGGUGCAGCUACUCCUACAGACACUCGCACAAGUGACAGUAGGUAAAAGCACUCAACCACAGGAUAUAGAACGGGCAUGGGUCAAUCUGAAGAUCAACUGUAAGACGAGGAUAAAAACCACGGCUAAUAAAGCCAGCGAGAGAAGCAAACCG